ACCGGCACUGUCAGCAUCAGUGUCACCAGCAGCCACCAGCACUGUCACCGCUGCCACCAUCACUGGGAUUGUCACCGUUGCUGCCAUCACCGCUGCCAGCACUGACGGGACCCCAUGGCUGCCCCCCAAGCGGCCGCAAAGCUGCUGCCCCCCCUCCUCCUGGCACUCGCAGCCCCCUCAGCCACUUUCUGGGUCCGCUCGUGGCCGCGUGUCGCCGUGGUUCCGUUUGGCGGUUCGGUGCCCAUCAACUGCAGCCGCGGUUUCUGCCCGGGUCUCGCGGUGCCACCGGAGCUGAGCUGGGCGCUGGGCAGCACCGCCGGGCCGGGCGGCCGCCGCUGGAGAACCUUCGUCCUCACCAACGUCACCGAAUGGGAGCCGGAGCCGGCGCUGUGCAGAGCGCGGUGCGGGGACAGCAGUGCCAACAGCAGCACUGCCAUCAUCGUGUACAAGCAGCCAGACUGGGUGCGUUUGGACGCGGUGCCGGCGGUGCCGGUGGGUGCCGCAGUGACCCUGCAGUGCCACGUGGCUGAGUGCGCCCCGCUGGCCAACCUGACGGUGACGCUGCGUCACGGCACAGAGACCCUCAGCACCCACAGUUUCCCCGCCGCCCCCGGCAGCGCCGCCGUCACCGUCAGCCACACGCUGACCGCCGGGCCCGGCGACCACGGCCAGCCGGUGCGCUGCCACGCCGAGCUCUCCCUGCGCCCGCAUGGGCCGCUCUUCGCCCGCGCCGCGGCGCCCAUCCGGCUAUCGGUGUACGCCCUCCCAGAUCCCCCCCAGCUGUUCUCCCCGCCGCACCUCGAAGCCGACACCGCAGCGGCCGGCAGCUGCCGUGUGCUGGGCGCCUUCCCGGCGGAGGAGACCCGCGUGGUGCUGGCACUGGAUGGGGACCCUUUGGAGACGGAGGUGACGGCGACAGCGGAGGCGGUGACGGCCGUGGCUCAGAUCAACGCCCGCACCGUGGGGCACCGCGAGCUCAGCUGCACCGCCGCUGUGGGCGCAGCAGAACAGACGGCGCGGGCGCUGAUCCACGUUUACCGAUUCCCAGCGCCCAUCCUGGAGCUGAGCCCGGUGCCUGCGGGUCUCCCGGUGUCGGUUUGGUGCCGCUCGGCGCCUGCCGACCCCCCCUCAGUGCGGCUGCAGCUGCGUGAUGCCGAUGGCGGGGUCCUGGCUGAGGGUCCCCAGCCGGCGCUGGAGCUGCGCAUGGUGCCCCAGCGGGAGGACGAUGGGCGCUGGUUUGGGUGCAGCGCCCGCCUGGCCCUGGGGGACGAUGUGGUGACCAAAGAAGCCGAGGGGAGGCUGACGGUGCUCUACCCCCCUGAGAUGGACUCUACCUCCUGCCCCACAUCCCUCACAUGGUUGGAGGGCACAAGGGAAACUCUCUCCUGUGGGGCUGCUGGUAACCCCACACCUGUCGUCACCUGCACCCGCCGCGGUGACCCCCCCGGCACCGCCGGACCCAUCCUGGUCACCCGGUCCCAUGCGGGGAUCUACCACUGCAACGCCACCAACAGCGUGGGGACACGGAGCCGCGUUGUCACCGUCCGUGUGGAGUAUGAGCCCUCGCUGUCGGAGCUCGGCUGCCCGGCGCACCGCACGUGGCUGGAAGGGCAGCGCCGGGAGCUGCCGUGCAGCGCCGAUGGGGACCCUGCGCCCACCACGCACUGCGCCCGCCAUGGGGGACCCCCGGGGGAUGAGGAUGGCCGCACCGUCAGCCGCGGCGACGCCGGGCGUUACGUCUGCACCGCCACCAACCGGCACGGGUCGGCGCGGCGCAGCGUCGACGUCACCGUCGAGUACCAACCCAGCAUUGGCGAUGCCGACUGCCCAGCGCGGCGGCUGUGGGUGGAGGGCACAGCGGCGGAGCUGGAAUGCAACGCCAGUGGGAAUCCCCCCCCCAGUGUAGCUUGCUCCAAACUGGGAGACCCCCACGCCCCCCCUGGCAGUGCCAAUGUCACCCGUGCCCACGCCGGCACCUACCAAUGCCAGGCCACCAACGUGCAUGGCACGGCACUGCAGAACGUCACCAUCACUGUGGAGUACAGCCCCGCAGCCCUCACCCUCCGCGUGCUGCCGUCCCCCAACGUGAGCCGCGGCGGCAGCUUCAGCGUGGAGUGCGGCGCUGAGGGGGUCCCGACUCCCACCUUUGGGUGGGCGCUGCCCCCUGCCCCCAACUUGCGCUUCGGGGCCGACAACCGGUCGGUGGAGGUGGAGAACGCGGCGGCCGUCAAUCGCGGCCGCUACACCUGCAUGGCUGUCAACCGGCACGGCCGGCGCGUGGGCAGCGUGGUGGUGAGCGUGGAUGAGAGCCGGCUGUCCCUGCUGCUGUCCCUGUCCCUGCUGGGUUCUGUCACCGUGCUGGCAGCGGCCGCAUGGGGCAUUUAUUACAUGAAGACCACUGCCUGCAAGAAGGGAGAGUACAACGUGCGUGAUGCCGAGGGCUCCUCCGAGGCCUCCCGCCUGCACCGGGGGGACAGCGGGGGACAACGGGAGCUGUUUGGGAUCCCUCUCACCCCCACCUGAGGAACCUCAGCACCCGGGACCCCCAGAGCACAUGGAGGUGGAGACAGUGUGGUGACACCUGGACCGAGGGAUGGUGGUGGGGGUCGCCAUGCUGUGCCCGUGGGGGUGGUGGUGGCUGUCAUCAUAUUGUCCGCAAGAAGCUGUGUUGGUUGUCGUCGUAUGUCCCGAAGAAAUGGUGUUGGAUGUGCCCAAGAAACAGCGUUGGAUGUCACUGUGCUGUUGGAUGUCCUCAAUUAACAGUGUUGGAUGUCACCAUAUUGUCCCCAAAGAACAGUGUUGGAUGUCACAUAAACCGUCCUCAAGGAAUAGACUUGGAUGUCACCAAACUGUCUCCAAGGAAUGGUGUUGGAUGUCACCAAAUGUCCCCAAGGAGCAACGCUGGUGUCAUUGCUCCAUCCCCGUGGGUUGGUGUUGGAUUCAGCCCAAUUUGUGGCCAAUGCCGUUUUUUAACUGCUUUGCUUUGCAUUUUAUGGAGGUUAUUGGGAAGGGAGGGGAAGGAGGCAAGGAAUGUAAAUUAAAAAUAAAAUUUUUAUUGAGAAGGACGAAAGUGGA